AAGGACGUGAAUGAGGAUUAUAUCGUACUAAGAAUAGUGUAUGUUGAGCUUGGAGUUACACACAGCCACAUUCAAGAUGAAAUCGUUAAUAUCGCGCGUGUUUGUAGCACUACUGCUAUGUGUCGCAUUAGCAGCCCGACAAACACACGUUUGUGCACAGGAUGCGCCUAUAGAUGCUGUAAACAAUACAACACCAGUUAUAGAUAAUGAUAUCGGAGUGAUUCCAGCUGAGGCUGUACCUGUGAACGAAGACGUUCCGGUUGACGGUGCCGAUGAAGACUCAGAGCUUGAGCUCGACCCAAUCCCGGAAGACGGAGAUGUGCCAUCGACAGUGCAAGCGGGUGAUGUGACCGAUCCUGUCGACACUCAAAACGAUAUGAAUGAUGUUGUUGUUGAUGUGGUGAAUGACGAUGCUGAUAAUUUGGAUGAUCAAGAAGUUGACGUUGACAUACCCGAUAACGAAGCGGAUAUAUUCGCAGACCAGGACUUAGACCCAGACUUCGAUGCUAACCUCAAUGACGAGUUCUUUGAUGAGGAUGUCGGGGAUGUCACUGAGGUGGUCGACGAGAUUGAAUUAGAUACUGUUAAUGAUAACGGCACUACUAUUGUUGACGCCAUUACUUUUGCAGAUUUGGAAGCGGGUGUGGCGAGGAUUGUGUUUGCCUACCACCUACCGCCGGGUGUGACCGAGGAAGCUGCUCUGGCUAACUUGCCUGUGUUGCUGCUGGAAAUACUGCCGGUGGAUGAUGUGGAGAUUGUACUGAAGAUCGUAGAUGAGUACUACUUGGGCGUGUUUGAGGUGCUUGCGGGCGAGGCGGAUUUCACUGAAAGCAGUUCGGAGGCUAUUAUAUCAAAUCACGAUGAAUUGGAGACGAUUGUUGUAGAGACCUAUGCUAACGGCAAGCACUACCAUGAGAUCCUGGCUCUAACCCACGAAGACAGUAACAUACAAUCCUUCGGCCAACUAGAGGGUAAGCGCGCAUGCUUCAGUAAGUUCGACGACAAUGCGGGUAUGAAGCUCCCCAUUGGCUACUACCUGCGUACCAAUCAGAUGCCGGCUGGCUCCGAUCUCGAAGACACCAUCACCAGCUUCUUCAGCAACGGAUCGUGUGCCGAGCCCGUCCUGUGCGAAACGUGCAAGGACAACAACGUGAAUGGCAAUUGCAAUGACUUGGACCUGUAUGCCGGUUACCAAGGCGCAAUGGAGUGCUUGAUUGAAAAGGCUGGCGAAGUGGCCUUCAUCCGUGACAUAGAUAUUGACGUGCCAGAUGAUGAGGCGAUGGCCGACCACAUCAGGCCCUUUGUGACAAUACCUAUGGAUGGUGUGCGGCUUCCCAGUCAUACUGUGGUCAUCAAGAAACCCGGAGCCAACAGACGACAGGCCAAUGCCACACGCGCAGAGCUCAUCCGUGAUCAUCUCAGAUCGGCCUUCCUCAGCAUUACAGCAGACGACCCUAUCUCCCAGUACCUGCACUCCAACCACGGCUACACGACCAUGGGUAUGGACAGUCAACUGUCUGGGUUCGAGGAGAAUAUCGCCUGCGUUCCGGGCCUCAGUCUGGGGCUGCAAUGUCGGACCGAGGCCGACAACUCUGUGGCCGGCAAUUCCUCUACCCCUGCCAAUGGUAGGUGA